UAUCAGAGUUUCUCUCACAUCCCCUGAAGUUCAUGAUCUCAAUCAGAACUUUUUUCACAAUCUUUCGAGUUUGAAUCACUUGUGUCACCUGAAAUUUUCAAUUAACAAUCACGAAUGAUCUUAAUCAACAAAAAUUAACGGAACAAUUUAAUGGGAAUCCCAUUAGUGGGAUGGAGCAAAGUAACAAUAGUAUAUAAAGGGUUAAGAAGGUGGGAGAUGAUGAAGAGGGAGCGAGAGGCAAAUUUGGCAGGAAAAGAGAGAGAUAGAGAGAAAGAGAGAGAGAGAAAGGAUGAUGAUGAUGAUAAGAAAGAGAAGAUAAAUUCACCUUGAGACAAAACAAUAAAAAUGUGAAUAUGGUUUCGCUUUUGUUUUUAGUUGAAAACAUUUUCUCUAAUUGUAAUUGUUACUUUACUAACUCGAUUGUAUCUAAAUUGUAGUUCAAUCCUCUCCUUGGACAAUUAAAGUUGAUUGUUGUAAAUCAACACACUAGUGUUAGUUAGUAUUAGUUGAAUUAAUUUUGUUAUUUUUUUUUCUCUAACUGUUGAUUGUUGAUCAAUUUCUUUCAGCUGGACAAGGUUAAAUAUCUUUUUGUGCUUCAGCAAAUCGCAAUGUUUGUGUUUAUAAUUUUGUCACCAAAUUACAAUUAAUGUUGUUUAUAAAAUCAUUUGACGUGUAUAAUUAACAUCAACAAUUUAAUCCAAUUGAAAACGGGAAAUCAACUAAAUUCAAUUGAUUAACAUGAUUUACUUGUGACUUAGAACAGUUGAUUUCUUUUUUUAAGUAAUAUCCACUUUAAGACAUCAAGUGUAAAUCAGUGUCAUUAAUUGUUUGUUUAAUAGUCAAUCUAUUUAUCCAGCAGUAAAAUAUUUUGUUAAAUUGUGAUACCAAAAUUAUGUUGAUGAUUUAAAAUUGAUUUGCCAUCAUGUUAAUUAACAAGGAGUUCAAUUGGUGAAGCAUUUUACUUGGGAAAUGUUUAGCUGAUUUCAAAUUAAAUUGACGUUCGUUGUUUUCCUUUAAUUUUCUUGUUAAUUGUUGUCUCUUGAAAUAUGAUCACUCUCCGAGAUUUUCUUAAUCAUUGGAUCAGCUUUUUUAUCAUCAUAUUGUCCAUUUUAACCAUCACCAACUCAAUUGGCAAUGAAUCGUUUAUAUUACCACCCAAAUCAUCAUCUUCGCCAUCAUCAACAAUUACAUCAUCUUUAGACGAUGAGUUCGAUGAGUCUAUAGCAGAACCGAUUCUACCACAUACAAGCCCCGCUGAUUUCUAUCCUGGAAAUUUAACCGCUGAGGAAAAUAAACAUCACCCUGUAAUUGAUGAUGAAUUUGUUCCAAAUUCGUUGAAUUUUGGUGGCAAAACGUACACUCGAUUCGGUGGUGCAUCAGUCCAUGAGAAGAUCAAUGUACUCACAGCGGGUAAAAAAGGUCCUCUUCUUAUGGAGGAUAUAACAUUCUUUGAAGAGUUGAAUCAUUUUACUCGUGAACGAAUACCAGAAAGAGUUGUCCAUGCAAAGGGCGCCGGUGCUUUCGGCUAUUUUGAGGCCACUAAUCCUCAUGUUACCGCAUUCACUCAAGCCUCUUUCCUAUCCAAACCCGGUAAACGUACCAAGGUAGCGGUCAGAUUUUCAACUGUUGCCGGAAGUAAAGGUUCAGCGGAUACUGUUCGUGACCCUCGAGGAUUCGCGGUUAAACUUUAUACCGAUGAGGGAAAUUUUGAUCUAAUGAUGUUAAACUUUCCAGUCUUUUUCGUUCGAGAUCCAUUGCGAUUUCUUAAUUUCAUUCAUAGUCAAAAGAAAGAUCCACAAUCAAAUUUAAUCAACUACGAUUACUUUUGGGAUUAUAUUUCACUUUUACCUGAAACAUUACAUGCAACCUCUUACCUAUUCACUGAUCUUGGUACUCCGGAUGGAUAUCGACAUAUACAUGGGUUCAGUUUGAAUACCUUUAAAUUAGUUAACCAAUAUGAUAAAGUUGUUUUCGGUAGAUGGCAUGUGCUCACUAAUCAGGGAAUCCACAAUUUAACCAUUGACGUUGCAACCAAAUUAGCAGGUUCCAAUCCAGAUUAUGCUCGAGAAGAUUUAUUCAAGGCUAUUCAUUCAGGUAAUUAUCCUUCAUGGAGAGUGUGUAUCCAAGUGAUGACCCAAAAACAAGCUCAUAAAUGGAAACACAGUCCAUUUGAUCCAACAAAGUUGUGGCCUUUGAAACACUUUCCUCUCAUAGAAGCUGGUAAAUUGGUAUUAACACAUAAUCCGAAAAAUUUUUUCGCCGAUAUUGAACAAUUAGCCUUCAAUCCAGCCAAUUUAGUUCCAGGAAUUGAACCAUCAACGGAAAAGGUACUUCAGGGUAGAUUGGUAGCCUAUCAAGAGGCUCAAAGUUACAGACUUGGAACCAAUUUCUUUAAGAUUCCUGUUAAUCAACCGGCCACCGAUUCUACUUAUCCCAAUAUCCGUGAUGGUGCUUAUUGUUUUGAUGAAAAUGGUGGAAAAGGGCCAAGUUAUUACCCGAAUUCAUUUGAUUUUAAAAAGGAAGAUGAUUCGGAAAAACCAAGUAAAUGGAAACUUCCUUCCUAUGUUGAAGUUAAAAGAUAUGAUUCAACUCACGAUGAUAAUUAUUCUCAGGUUGCCAAAUUUUGGGAAGCAUUGGCCCCGAAAGAUAGAGAUCAUUUAAUCUACAAUUUGAGUACUCAUUUGAAAAGAGCAAAGAAAUUCAUUCAAGAACGUUUUCUCCAUCAUGUUCGUUUGGCUCAUCCCGAAUAUGGACACAGGUUAAAGGAAGCACUCGAAUUUUUCGCCGACCAUUAAAUACGAACCAAU